AUGCCGCUUUGUGUAGCUUAGUAUGACAAUAGCGACACAUUUUUUAACGGAAGGCAUUUUUAUUGAAGUUCUGUUUAGCUUGUAUUGCGUUGUAGUAUAAUUUAUCAACAAAAUCUGAAACAAAAUGUCUGUUGCCUUUGUGCCACACCAGAAGGGUAGACCACCACCCAAUCCUGCAACCAUUCAGAAGAUGCUAGAUGAAAACAGUCAGUUGAUUCAAGCUAUUGUGGACUAUCAGAAUAAGGGAAAAGCUUCAGAAUGUCUUCAGUACCAACAAAUUCUGCACAGAAAUCUGGUAUAUCUUGCUUCAGUAGCUGAUGCUGGCCCAAAUAUUCAAGCACACCUUCCUCCUCCUCAAAGUUUUGCUCCAUCUCCAUCAAACCCAGGCCAUAUGCAGAGUCCAAAUCCUCAAGGUUCUGGACACAUGCAAGGUCCAAACCCUCAAGGACCUGGGCUUAUGCAAAACCCCAAUGCUCAAGGACCGGGACUAAUGCAGAGUCCCAAUCCCCAAGGGCCUGGGCAUAUGCAGAACCCCAACCUCCAAGGACCUGUUCCAAACUCACAAGGCCCUAACCACAUGCAGAGUCCAGGACCUCAGAGUGCUGGUCAGGGCUCUGUACAAGGAGAAGGAUCUAACCCACCAAAUUCAAUGAUGCAAGGCCAAGCUUCCUUGAAUCCAGUACACCAUCCCAUGGCAAGUACUGGGUCAGGCCAAGCAAAUUUUGCCCCAAGUCCACAGGGAGCACAGUCCCAAGCAUCACCACAACCACCCCAACACCAACCAGGAGGGAACUAUACUCGGCAACCAAUGGGACAACAGCAGCAGUAUGGGAUUCCCCAGAAUCAAAUGAUGUCUGCAGGCCAGCAGCAGGGUCAACCAUUUCCAUCUUCCCAGCAGCAGCCAGGGAUGGUCCAUCCAGGUGGCCAGCAGUAUCAGCAGAGUAACUUCUCAGGCCAGCAGCAGUCUCAUCAGAACUACUCCACCAACAGCCCACAGCAAGGUCCUUACAGUUCAUAUCCAGCAGGUUCUCAACCUCAACAGCCAAGUCAUAACUUUUCUCAGUCCCCAUCAUCCCAGUCUCAGGGCUAUAAUCAGAGUGGUCCUCCCACUUCUCAGGGGCAGGGCCAGGCUUACCCAUAUCCCCAAUCAGGCCCUCAGUCUUCUGCCAGUCAGGGGCAGUGGUAUCCUCCUCCAAGUUCCCAACCCUUUUCAACUGCUCCAACCUCACAAUCCAACUAUUCUGGCCCUCCUAUGUCUCAACAAAACUAUAUGGGCCCUAACCAACCUAACUAUUCUUCCCAGGCUAACUUUGGAGCUUCCCAUUCUCAACCAUCAUCUCAAACAGCCUAUGGCCACCCUAAUCCAAGUCCAGGCCCCCAGGGCUCCACUCCUCCACCCCAGCAGUCACGUUACCCUCCUGGUUAUAACCAACAGAAUUUUGGCCACUAUCGACCUCCUUCCCAGCCACAAAGCCACAUGGCUCCUCCUCCCCCUUCACAGAGUCAGACAUAUGGUUAUGAACAGAAUCCAGCCUAUGGUGGGUAUCAACAGCAGUAGGUUUGGUAUCGAUCUUGUACUUAACGUGACACUGCGUCAUCCUUUUAAAGUAGUUAGUCUGUAUUGUUGUAUUACAACAAGCUCAGAAAACAUGCUUUUUCAGCUGAUCUUCUCCAGUUAUUGCUGGAAACUUAAGUUCAUUAAAAAGGCCUAAAACUGAUGUCUUAAGGUGUUUGGCACUUGUGGUUCAUUGUGUAUUAAAAAUUAAUCAUACCUUUCAACAGAUAGUAACUUUAGUCAUCAUUGAAUUUCUAAAGCAUAAUACCAAACCUUUGACUUUGUUUAUUUUCAUUAAUGCUACAUGUACUAUCAAACAUUGACUUAUUGAUAGGUUUACUUAAGGAAAGUGUAUGUGUGCUGUUAUUAAUUGUAUACCAUUUCCUAUCUUCCAGUCAUAGUACCUAUAACUUUACAAGAAAAGAAAGAUACUGGUUAAAGUAUGUACUGUUGUUGGGAGCUCAUUGAGAAAGUAGCUCUGUUAAACUUUACAGAUAUGAAAAAAUAUUGAAAUAUAAAAGCAUGAGAAAUUUAACUUAUAAAUCUUAUAACUUGAGCAUAUACUAAUAUUUCAACAAAAGAACUUCAAGUUUAUUGCUUUACAUAACUGAAAUAACUCCUGUUGUAAUUGUGCAGUGUCCGCAAGAUGAAUUAAAGCUGAUUUCUACACA